AACAAAACCUGGACUUUCGUGGUGUCAACUGUCUACAACCUUCCGUGAAGUAUUAGCCAGCACAUUUAAGUUUAGAUCGGUUUCAAUCGCUGAACGGAUCCUCCAUUCUCUCCUCGAUUUCUCCGGAACUCUUCAAAUCGAAAGGCAGGUUUUCUUGAAAAAUGGGUGUAAUGCAAGGUUUGACUAAGAUUGACCAACUGCGUCCUGGAGCUGUUGGUCUUGACCUUAUUGUAAAAGUGGUGAAUUCAAAGGCGAUAAUGUUGCGAGGGCGAAAUGGGAAUCAAGGAAGCAACAUGCGUCUUGCUGAAUGCUUGGUUGGUGAUGAAUCUGGAAUCAUCAUCUUCACUGCUAGAAACGAUCAAGUAAAUCUGAUGAAAGAGGGAAACACGGUGAGCCUUAAAAAUGCAAAAAUCGACAUGUACAAAGGCUCCAUGAGACUUAGUGUGGACAGAUGGGGUCAUCUUGAAGUCACUUCACCUAAUCAUAUUUCCGUUAAAGAAGAUAACAAUUUGUCCCUUAUCGAGUUUGAACUUAUUUCUGUCCAAGAGUGACACUCACCUUUAAUAUAUUUACAGACUCUCGUACGUUUUUUUUUUUAUAUUAGAAUCGGAUUUUGUACGUUUUA